AAAAAAGAAAAUUUAAUAAAGCUGUUUAUAGCAAGCUUAACAGAUAUUAAUAAAAUUUUUUAUAAACUUAACCAGCUAAAAGAUUUUAUAGAAAUAAAAAGUAAAUUACUAAGCUUUUAUUAUAAGUACUUAAAUAUUUUUAAUAAAAUAAUAAUAGAUAUUCUACCACCCCAUCACCCGGGAAUAGAUUAUACUAUU